AUUCUGAAGGGAAAAAUAAUGGCGGCUCUUGUUAUGGGAUGGGAUAGUGCAUGCAUGAGAUAAGUCUUCAAAACAUUUUUGUGAUAAAUCUUUCCGGGAAAAAAAAUCCGUUAGAAUAACCAAGGUGUCAACGUAACAAGUCAGAAUGGCUCACCGAUACCUCCGCUUGUCAAGAGGUGGCAGGAAUCUAUUCAAAAUGUUGCUACCUCCAAACGUCAGAACAUCUAACGUUAGCUGUGCACGAUUGGUCUCCAGCCAAGCAGACAGCCAGAUCGUACUCGAAAGGAGGACUCUGUUUGAACAUGUGUUAGGUGCCUAUCAAAGACUCUGCUCCAAACCACCAAAAGGAUUUGAAAAAUAUUUCCCCAAUGGUCCGAAAAAUGAGCCGAAGAGCAGUGAAUCCAACCCAACCAGUGGAGAAGCCAAAGAGGCCAAGCCAACUACCAAUGCACAGAAGGCCACUGGUAAAUCUAGUGGAGGAGGAGGAGGUGGUGCCUCAGGCGGAGGAGGAAAAAGAGGAGGCAGGAAGGAUGAGUCCCAUUGGUAUAGCCGGCUCCAAAAGGGUGACGUGCCAUGGGACGAUAAGGAGUUCCGUAUGUACUUCCUGAGUGGUGCUGCGUUUUGGACCAUGGUUACGUACUUCUUUUUUUUACGGGAAGGCGGGAGAGAGGUCACUUGGAAAGACUUUGUCAAUAACUACCUCUCGAAAGACGUCGUUGACAGAUUGGAGGUAAUAAACAAGCGCUAUGUGAAAGUGGUAUUUACACCCGGAAAGACUCCAGUUGAUGGACAGUACGUGUGGUUCAACAUUGGCAGCGUGGACACGUUUGAGCGGAACCUAGAGACAGCUCAGUAUGAGAUGGGUAUCGAGGGGGAGAACCGUCUGCCAGUGGUGUACUCCGCUGAAAGCGACGGGUCGUUCCUGCUCAGCAUGCUGCCCACCGUGCUCAUCAUCGGCUUCCUGCUCUUCAUGCUGCGACGGGGGCCAGCGGGAGCUGGCCGACCGGGCGGCCGGGGCAUGGGCGGACUAUUCAGUGUCAGCGAGACAACGGCCAAGGUGUUGCGCGAUGAGAUCGACGUGAAGUUCAAGGACGUGGCAGGCUGCGAAGAGGCCAAGCUGGAGAUCAUGGAGUUUGUCAACUUCCUCAAGAACCCCAAACAGUACCAGGACCUGGGCGCCAAGAUCCCCAAGGGGGCUAUCCUGACGGGACCCCCUGGCACAGGGAAGACCCUGCUGGCCAAGGCUACCGCCGGAGAGGCCGACGUCCCCUUUAUCACCGUAAAUGGCUCAGAGUUCCUGGAGAUGUUUGUGGGCGUGGGCCCCGCCAGGGUUCGAGAUCUGUUUGUCAUGGCCCGUAAGAACGCCCCCUGCAUCCUCUUCAUUGACGAGAUUGACGCAGUAGGGCGCAAGCGAGGCAGAGGGAACUUUGGUGGCCAGAGCGAGCAGGAAAACACCCUCAAUCAGCUGCUGGUCGAGAUGGAUGGGUUCAACACAGCAACCAAUGUGGUAGUGCUAGCAGGUACUAAUAGACCUGACAUCCUGGACCCUGCACUGAUGAGGCCCGGACGCUUCGACAGACAGAUUUACAUCGGUCAUCCUGACAUUAAAGGCAGAUCGUCCAUAUUUAAAGUGCACUUGAGGCCUUUGAAAAUGGAUGCAGAGAUGGACAAAGAAGCUCUCGCCAGGAAAAUGGCUGCCCUCACCCCAGGCUUCUCAGGUGCUGAUAUUGCCAAUGUGUGCAAUGAAGCCGCGCUGAUUGCUGCGCGCCACCUAGCGGACUCAAUCAACCAGAAGCACUUUGAGCAGGCCAUCGAACGCGUGAUCGGAGGUCUGGAGAAGAAGACUCAGGUCCUGCAGCCUGAGGAGAAAAAGACUGUAGCUUACCACGAGGCAGGGCACGCUGUGGCAGGCUGGUACCUGGAGCAUGCUGACCCUCUGCUCAAGGUAUCCAUCAUCCCCAGAGGCAAAGGGUUGGGCUAUGCCCAGUACCUACCUAAGGAGCAGUACCUAUACACCAAGGAGCAGCUGCUGGACAGGAUGUGCAUGACGCUGGGUGGCCGCGUGUCUGAGGAGAUCUUCUUCGGUCGCAUCACCACGGGGGCCCAGGACGACCUCAGGAAGGUCACCCAGAGUGCAUACGCCCAGAUCGUGCAGUUUGGCAUGAAUGACAAAGUGGGCCAGGUGUCCUUCGACUUGCCCCGGCAGGGCGAGAUGACCCUUGAGAAGCCCUACAGCGAGGCCACGGCGCGCCUCAUCGACACGGAGGUGCGCAAUCUCAUCCGAGAGGCGUACGAGCGUACCCACACCCUACUGGCUGAGAGGAAAGACGAUGUGGAGAAGGUGGCGCAGCGUCUGCUGGAGAGGGAGGUGCUGGACAAGAAGGACAUGGUGGAGCUCCUGGGGGUGCGGCCGUUCGCUGAGAAGUCCACCUACGAGGAGUUUGUGGAGGGCACGGGGGGUAUGGAUGAGGACACAUCCCUGCCUGAGGGCCUCAAGGACUGGAACAAGGAGCGCGACAAGGAGGAAAGCACCGAGGAACAGGUGGCCCGACAGAUCUCCGGAGGAAUGCCCUUCUAACGGGGACUGCUUGGCCUCACCGAGGGUUGUUUUUAGUAUGAGGCUGUACUGAGAUUAGAACAGGUUGGUGGAAGGAUGUCAGUAAGCCCCACCUAAAUGUUACCUGACUGAACCAUGCCCAGGAUCCCUCUGAUUGGUCAGUUGCAUCCUUUGCAAUGGUCUGGGGGAUGUAGUCAGCGAGAUGAAACAUUCUGAACGUUGCAGAUAAAAAUGUCAUACAGGAGUUAAAAGUUCUGUCAUGGUUAGAGUAAACAAAAUAUAUCAAAUCUUGUGGGUGGGAGGGGGGGUUAUUAUUUUGGGUAAAGAAGACACUAGGCCACAUCUAAAUGUCUAAUGUACACAUCUAAUGUACAAAAUAUAAUAGACCCAUUUUUUUUUAAUAACUUACCUGUUUCUGGCCCUCAAAAUUGAUUUUGACUAACAAAUGGUCAUAAUAAAAUAAAAUCUGUGCAGCCCUCAGUUGAAUUUCAAAAUCCCAAUGUGGCCCUUGAGCCAAAAAGUUUUGCCGCCAAAUCUAAGAACGACGUAAAUUGCAGUCAUGAUUUAUUUUAUUUUUGUGUAUUCAACCUGUCAUUAAUAAAGCUAUGUAUUCCCUGUUCAACAUGGAGGAAUAAGCAUAUCUGUUCACCACCAGAAUAUUUGAGCAGAGUUGAGCAGUUGGAAAUCCCACUCAUCGCUCACAGAUACAAAAAAUAAUGUGUUUCUCUCAUCUCUUGAUGAUCAGGUAGGCUACUUCAGUUGUAACUGUGGCUCUGUAGUGCUCACAUUUUACAGUUGAUGGACAAAUUUAACACUGUUACAUGGAAUCCUUUUUUUUUUUUUUUCACAAUGGCCUUUAUAAAAAUCUAAAACAUC